UACUCUCUCACUCACGCGCAAUUUCACCCAACAAAGUGGAAGAGCGAGCGUUAGGGUUUUAGCCAAAACCAAAAGCUUGAUUCACUGAAAAACCAAAGAUGGUGGCGGACAAGGGAAAGAAGCCCAAGCUUUCAGACAAGCCCGAAGAUGAAAACCCUGACCAAAUCGACGAGAAGCUCGUCCUCUCCAUCGAGAAGUUGCAGGAGGUCCAAGACGAGCUCGAAAAGAUCAAUGAGGAAGCCAGUGAUAAGGUCCUUGAAGUGGAGCAAAAGUACAAUGAAAUUCGCAAGCCAGUUUACGAUAAGCGAAAUGAUAUCAUCAAGGCCAUUCCUGACUUUUGGUUAACUGCGUUUAUGAGUCAUCCCGCGCUUGGUGAACUUUUGACGGAUGAGGAUCAAAAGAUUUUCAAGCAUCUAACUUCUCUGGAAGUGGAGGAUUGCAAAGACGUGAAAUCUGGUUAUACCAUUUCACUCUUCUUCAGCCCCAAUCCUUACUUUGAAGACACAAAGCUUUCAAAGACCUUUACCUUCCUGGAUGAAGGAACAAAAGUUACUGCUACAUCAAUAAAGUGGAAAGAAGGAAUGGGCAUACCCAAUGGAACUAAUCAUGAGAAGAAAGGGAACAAACGACCUCCCUCUGAGGAAAGCUUCUUUAGCUGGUUUGGUGAUAGUCAAGAGAAAGAUAUUAUGGAUGAGAUUCAUGAUGAGAUUGCAGAGGUCAUUAAGGAGGACUUGUGGCCCAAUCCUCUUACUUACUUCAGCCAUGAUGCUGAUGAUGAGGAAUUUGACGAGGACGAAGUUGAUGAAGAGGGAAAGGAGGACGAUGACGACUCCGAAGAUGAUGAGGAUGAUCAAGAUGACGAUGAUGAAGAUGGUGAUGAGGAUGAUGGAAAGUGAAACACUCAUCUGGGUCGUCAAAUCUUUUGCAUUUGCUGGUUUGGGAAGACAGUGUAAAGUGGUUUACAGUAGUUGGUCAAGUCAAGUCUGAGGUGUUAGGGGGGUGGCAUUAUAACUCUUUUUCUUUAAAGGAUCAGGUUGUGUAGGCACCUGACUGCUCUCGCCUCUCAUGGCCAGUCAGUGGUUUCCCGACUCUGCUGUUUCUACAGUUAUUUUUGUAGCUUCUUUUGGGAUAUGCAGGUCUCUAGCUGACAAUAUCACAGUUCUCUGUUAUUUUCUUCUCUUUUUGAUGCCAUCAAUGAGGAUAUAUGCUAUUAUAGUAC